AUUUGCAGGAGGACGAUCUGCCGGUGGGCCUGUCGAUCGAGAGAUUAGUAGUAUUGCUCGAGUAAGUACUAUCCCGGCAGUUGGCCAGAUGGUCCAUCAGCUUCUCUCGUUCGUUGUCUGACCUUUCCCCUUUUCUGCUCGUCUCGGAGUCUGCAACCAUCUCUACACCAGGAUUCUAGAUAAUAAUACCUCGCCAAUCCACCAAUUCAUCUUCCAUAAACAAACCGCAUCCCCCUUUCCCGCACUAUGAGCGCCGCCCCAGAAACCCAAGCUGCGCCUGCUGCUGCGGUUCCCGCUGUCAACGAGCCACCUCAAUCGCAGACAGCCGAAUCCAAUCCUGCCCCUGAGACGACCGCUGGAACUACCGAAUCCACCCCCGAGAAGAACAUCGAGCUGGAGUUGCCUAUGUCGGCCGCCGACGGUCUCAUCCAGAAGCCCUUCGCCCGCCCCCUGGAGACCGCAAAACCUACCCCGCCAGCUCAACUCCAGCCCGACCAGCAAGCCAAGUACAAUGAAGUCUUCAAGACGGUUUCCGAAUGGACUGUCCUUCCCACGACAUCAGUCAAGAAUGCCCCUACGGCCCCUCUGACCGACAGCGAGCGCAUGUUCCUCACUCGCGAGUGUAUCCUGCGCUACCUGCGAGCAAGCAAGUGGAAUGUGUCCGAGGCAACCACCCGCCUGCAGCGCACUCUUACCUGGCGCCGGGAAUACGGGGUCGAGAAGUUGACGGCCGAUUACAUUUCCAUCGAAAAUGAGACCGGCAAACAGGUCAUUCUGGGUUAUGACAUUGAAGGACGUCCCUGCCUCUACCUCAUCCCAUCGAAGCAGAACACGGAGACGAGUGAUCGCCAGAUCGAGCAUCUGGUCUUCAUGCUGGAGCGCGUGAUCGACCUCAUGGGCCCCGACCAAGAGACUUUGGCGCUCCUCGUCAACUUCAAGGAGACCAAGUCCGGCCAGAAUGCCAGCAUCGGACAGGCCAAGCAGACUCUCAACUUUUUGCAGAACCACUACCCGGAGCGCAUGGGUCGGGCGCUCGUCAUCAAUAGUAAGUAAUAUUGUCGUGUGAUUGGGCUGAUUCACGGACUCAAGCUGACCACUUGGAUCAUCCAGUGCCGUUCCUCAUCAACGGAUUCUUCAAGA